AUGACCCUAGUCUCAAAUGAUCCCAGUUGGUGGCCGUCCAUCCAGUGGUAUCACGUUUCCAGCUAUUUUUCAGUUGCUGCUUCUGUUGGACUGGUGUACGAUUGGGGUGAGCAGGGUAACAUUAAGCAAAGAAUUUCUGACAUCCUCAUGGCAUUUCCAGCACUGACAUUCGGACAAGAGGUCGAACUGAUCUGGAGGCAACGCUGGUCCCUGAUGACUGCUCUCUAUCUCAGUAUGCGCUACCUUGGAAUAAUAUAUGCUGUUUGCUGUUCCAACAAUCCCGAUGACAGAUGCACAUCAGCAUUCUCAUGUAGGGUUCAAUCUAAUGACUGCCACAGCUGCUAUAUUAUUUAUCUCGCCCUGGAUUGGAUGGACUUCAUUGUAAAUGCAAUCUUGGGCGUCAUCAUGAUCGCUCGGUUGCAUGCCAUGUCUCAGAAAUCCGGCAAGGUACUGAUACUUCUCGUUGUCGUUUUCCUGGCUUCCAACAUCUUCGCCGGAGUGGUCGCCGCAAUCUUCACGAAGAAUUCAGCGGAUGCCCAACUUCUGGAUUCACUGACUUGGAUACUCGGCACUGUAUGGGAGGUCCUCACACUGUGUCUCGCACUCUGGAUUGCUAUGAAACACUUCCGUGAACUGCGACGAGAAUCAGCAGGAGGGAUUAUUGGGGACUGUUUUACGGUCUUAAUAAAAUCUCAUGUGGUUUACUUUGCGAGUUAUUCUUUGUCACCGAUCUCAGCGGACCCAUAUUCCAUGGAAAAUCAGGUUUAUAACGGCCUUCUCCAAAUUUUCUUGCUGGUGCAGAUGUUUGUGCUGGGACCACGCCUCAUCAUUAGUGUUCGAGAGUAUCAUGCUAAAGUGAAGGCUGAUUCCGGUGCAGGAACCUCCACAACUGGAAUUGCUUUCCAGGGGCGCGUACACGUGUCAACUAGUCGUAGGAGCGGGAGUAUUUGGAUUGUGAGGGGGGGAUUUGAACCAUGA